AUGGCCUGGCCGGUGCCUGCCCUGCUGCUGCUGCUCGCCCUGCUGCUCCACGCCGGCCCCGCCUACCAAGAGUCCAAUGUGUUCCGGAUGCCAAAAAGGCUAGUGAAGGCCAGGCCCGGCGACACAGAGAACCUCAAAUGCCAGGUGCUGAGCACCCAAACGUCGGGCGGCGGCACGUGGCUCUUCCAGCCCCGGAACUCCAAGGUCAGCCCCACGUUCCUGGCAUACCUCCCCAAAUCCGGAAACAAUGUGCUGUCCGACAAGUUCAGCAGCAUCGCGGCCAAGAGAGACGAAAACAUGAAAGACAUAUACAUCCUCACCCUGAAAAACAUUCAAGAGGAGCACGAGGGCUAUUAUUUCUGCAUGGUGGUAAUCAACGCCAUCACGCACUUCAGCCCCUUCAUAGAGGUGCAGCUGCCAGGGAAGAUCACCACGCCCGCGCCGCGCCCAUCCACGCCCGCAAGCACAGUGAAGCAGCAGUCGCUGAGCACGACUGCAGACACCUGCGUGCCCACGGAGACCCGAGCAAGGCGAAAAGGCGUACUGGACUUGUCCUGUGACACCUACAUCUGGGCGCCUCUGUCCGGGAUCUGCGUGGUUCUGCUCCUCUCGCUGGUCAGCGUCCUGGUUUGCUGCCGCAGGAACCAACGGAGAGUUUGCAAAUGUCCCAGGCCCCAUGUCAGACUGGGAGGCAAGCCCAGCCCUUCAGAGAGAUCCGUCUAACAUGGCCACGAGCCCAUGCUUCGGCCACCUCAAGACUUCAAACGGAGAACUCUCCUCUCGAGGGGCACAUCUGUCCUUCCCUUUGGUUCCCCCCCUCCCAGCCUUCCUUCCUUCCUCUACAUUCCUUUCCUGAUCAUUCCUGGCAUGGGUGGGAUGGGCAGGAUGACUUUUUCUGUGUUUUCUUUGACACAAGACUAAAGAGCGUAGUCUGCAAAGCACACCACACAUGUGCUUGCGGAUUACCGGGGGGAAGGGGCAGGCAGUGCACCCAAGGGCUGCGGUCUCAGAAUGCUGUCAGCACUGGUGGGGACUUCACCCAGCACCCACUUUGUGCAAACCUCUUCCCCUUUUUAUUUUUUAAAUUUUUGGUUUUCGGGCCAGACUGGAGGUGCUCAGAGUUUACUCCUGGUUCUGGUUCUGUGCUCAGGGAUCACUUCUAGUACAGCUCAAGGGACCCUAUGGGUUUCCAGGGAUCUAAUCUGGGUCUGCCACAUGCAAGGCAAGCACCCAACCUGCUGUGCUAUCGCUUCACACCCAUUUUGCAAAGGAAGCUACAGGCCAGGGACGGGGAGAGCGUGAUCAGGGUCCCGGUAAGGCUUAGGUGCUUCCUCCAUGUGACCUCUAACCCAGUAUGUCUCCUCUGGGUCACCUUGUCUCAAAGCGCAAGAAACAGGGGAUUCCUGCAGACCUGUUUCUGGAUGGAGGAAGGCAUGAGAAUUCUGGUCUUUCACAGAAUUUUAGAAUGCAGUUGAGUCCCAUCAGUUUUUCAUAAUCAACCUGAGAAUGAAGAUGGGGGCAGUAGGAACCACUCUCCUUAAGUCACCUACUACAGGCUUGGAUCCUGGAAAAUGAAAGACUUUGUCAUUAAAGGAACUCUUCGUGACAUCCCAAAAUGGAGUCAAAAUGGUCUCUCAGCACCUGGCCCUGCAGAGGGACCCACAAAAGGGGACGACCCCUUACAGAGGUAGUUUGAGCAUCCAAGAAAACUCUAAACGUGAGUUGCCCUAUCUGAAAUUGGCUGGGAGAGUUUUUACAGGCUGUGAAGGCAAGACUGUGAGAGAGACAGCAGACAGCCUGCCCCCCUGCCCCCCAACUGAGAUCUGUGGGUGUAGCAGAGCAGACUCCCAUGAGGAGGCUCAGAACCCCGACAACUGCUGUAGUCACACAAUUUCCUGUCCUAGGGUGUUGUACAGAAAUGCCUGCUCAUUGGGAAGGGCGACAAGGAUUUCCUCCCCUUAGGCAUGGUCAGUUGUGAAGAUUAUCGUGUACUUGCACCCUGAUUCUUUUUUGUGCACUUAUGUAAAAUAAAUACUUGGAUUUUAAAAAGAG